AUGCAGUGCGCGCUCCGCAGCCGCCGGAGAGAGAGGUUGUCCGUGCUACUCUCUCUAACUCUGGUCUCUGAUGGAUAUUGGCCUGAAACCGUCCAAACGCAUGUCAACGUGUUGCACCGAGACAAGCGGCAGAUAAACACGGGUCCCCAGUUCCAGCUGCCCAGCUAUCAGGUGUCUGUGCCGGAGAACGAGCCCGCUGGGACCCGCGUGAUCACACUCAAAGCCACUGACCCAGAUGAUGGAGAGGCGGGGAGGCUGGAGUAUACCAUGGAAGCCUUGUUUGACAGCAGGUCCAACGACUAUUUCAUCAUUGACUCUCAAACUGGCAGCAUUUCCACGCUUCAAGCUCUGGACAGGGAGUUCAAAGACACCCAUGUUUUCAAAGUUACAGUCAAUGACAAUGGCACUCCUAAAAGAUCAGUUACCUCUUUCCUCACUGUUACUUUUAAGAUCGAUCCAGACACUGGGGUUAUAACCACUCAAAUGGAAGUCGACUAUGAAGACCAAGCAUCUUACACCUUAGCCAUCAUCGCUAAAGAUAAUGGCAUUCCUCAGAAGUCUGGCAUGACACACGUUGAUGUCAUGAUCCAGGAUGCGAAUGAUAAUGAACCGCAAUUUCUCCGGGACAUGUAUCAAGGGAGUGUACCUGAGGAUGCUCCGGUCUACACAAGCGUUCUUCAAAUAUCGGCGUCGGAUCGAGAUUCAGGUUUAAAUGGACGAGUGACGUACACCUUUGCUGGUGGAGAUGAUGGAGACGGAGAUUUCUACAUUGAGGGAUCAACUGGAAUUAUUCGAACAUUCCGAAAACUUGAUAGGGAAAAUGUUCAAGUCUAUAACCUGAGAGCAUUCGCAGUGGACAAAGGCACCCCUCCGCUCAAAACAGAUGUAAAUAUUCACAUCGAUGUCAAAGAUAUCAACGACAAUGCGCCAGUUUUUGAGAAAGAUGAGCUGUUUAUCAAAGUGGAAGAGAACAGCCCGGUUGGAUCUGUGGUGGCUAAGAUCACUGCAACUGAUCCGGACGAAGGAACAAAUGCUCAAAUUAUGUAUCAAAUUGUAGAAGGGAAUUUCCCACAAGUUUUUGAAUUAGACUUAUUCAAUGGCGAUCUCACUUCCCUAGUUGAUUUGGAUUACGAGACAAAGAAAGAGUAUGUCAUUGUCGUGCAAGCCACAUCUGCCCCCUUGGUCAGUCGGGCCACUGUCCAUAUAUGCUUGGUGGACCUCAAUGACAACAGACCACAACUGCAAGAUUUUGAGAUUCUUUUCAACAACUACGUCACAAACAAAUCCAACAGCUUUCCGUCUGGGAUUAUUGGGAAGGUGCCUGCUCAUGAUCCAGAUGUGGCGGACAGACUGAAGUACAAAUUCAUAUCUGGAAAUGAGUUGAGUUUACUUUUGUUGAACGAACACACGGGAGAUUUGAAGCUAAGUCGGGAUCUGGACAAUGACAGAGCUCUGGAGGCCCCCAUGAAAAUCUCUGUAACAGACGGACUCCAUACAGUCGAGGCCCUGUGCACUCUGCGGGUCACCGUCAUCACAGACGACAUGUUGACCAACAGCAUCACGGUGCGUCUGGAGAACAUGUCGCAGGAGCGCUUCCUCUCGCCUCUGCUGGGGCUCUUCAUGGAGGGUGUGGCCGCAGUCCUGUCCACCAAACGGGAAGCUGUUUUUGUCUUCAACAUCCAGAAUGACACAGACGUCCAGGGCUCCAUACUCAACGUGACCUUCUCAGCUCGCCAGUCUCACAACGGAGGGGCCAGAGGGGCGUUCUUUCCCUCAGAGGAGCUUCAAGAGCAGAUCUACCUCAACAGGACCCUGCUACGCCAAAUCUCAUCCCAGGAGGUGUUACCGUUUGACGACAACAUCUGCCUGAGAGAGCCGUGUGAAAACUACAUGAAGUGCGUCUCUGUGCUGAAGUUCGACAGCUCUCCUCCGUUCAUCUCCUCUGACACCGUCCUGUUCAGACCCAUCCACCCAAUCAACGGCCUGCGCUGCCGCUGUCCCGUUGGCUUCACCGGGGAGUACUGCGAGACGGAGAUCGACCUGUGCUUCUCUGGACCCUGCAGGAACAACGGGCGCUGUCGGAGCAGAGAGGGGGGCUACAGCUGCGAGUGUCAGGAGGACUUCACCGGAGAUCACUGUGAGCUGGACGCAUCGUCAGACCGCUGUGUCCCCGGAGUGUGUAAGAAUGGGGGAGAGUGUGUGGACAAAGCUAGCGGAGGCUUCAGCUGCAGGUGUCCCCUCGGAGACUACCAGACGCCCUACUGCGAGAUGACCACACGCAGCUUCCCUGGACAGUCCUUCAUCACCUUCAGAGGGCUCCGUCAGAGGUUCCACUUCACCAUUUCAUUCAUGUUUGCAACAAGAGAGAGGAACGCGCUGCUGCUGUACAACGGCCGAUUUAACGAGAAACACGACUUCAUCGCUUUGGAGAUUAUUGAUGAGCAGAUACAGCUCACAUUUUCUGGAGGCGAGACUAAAACCACAGUGGCCCCAUACGUCGCUGGAGGAGUCAGUGACGGACAGUGGCACUCAGUCCAGCUCCAUUACUACAACAAGCCGAACAUUGGGCGCUUGGGCUUCCCUCACGGCCCGUCUGGGGAGAAGGUGGCCGUGGUUGCCGUUGACGACUGUGACAUUACUAUGGCAAUCCGCUUUGGGAAACGAAUCGGAAACUACUCCUGCGCCGCACAAGGAACGCAGACGGGACAGAAAAAAUCUCUGGACCUGACUGGACCCCUACUGCUGGGUGGGGUCCCCAACCUCCCGGAGGAUUUCCCGGUGCAAAACAGGGACUUUGUGGGCUGCAUGAGGAACCUGAGCAUCGACAGCAAACCCACGGACAUGGACGGAUACAUUGCCAACAACGGCACCACUCCAGGAUGCACGGCAAAGAACAACUUCUGCAACAGCGAUGUUUGUCAGAAUGGAGGGACGUGCCACAGCAGAUGGGACACCUACAGCUGCGAGUGUCCCACCGGAUACGGAGGAAAGAACUGUGAACAAGUGAUGCCAUCUCCCCAGUUUUUUGACGGCCAGGCUUUUGUGUCCUGGACUGAACCCGACAUCACCGUGGCGAUACCGUGGUACGUGGGCCUCAUGUUUCGGACCCGCCACAGUUCCGGGACUCUGCUACAGGCCAACGCUGGUCCCGCCUCCACCAUAAGCCUCAUGAUGAGUGAUCAAAAUGUGCGUCUGGAGGUUCUGCACAAACAGCAGCUUGUGGCCUCGUUGGUUUUCUCUCAAAUCCGAGUGAACGACGGAGAGUGGCACCAUUUGCAAAUGGAGCUCAGCAGCGUGAAAGACGGAAACGCUAUCAAAUACAUCAUCUCCGCAUCUCUGGACUACGGCAUGUACAAGAGAUCUAUGGUGAUCGGUAAUGACCUCCCGGGCCUGAAGCUGCAGACUCUAUACGUUGGAGGUUUACCUGGAGAAGACAACCACGUCCAGAGAGGAUUUGUGGGCUGCAUGCAGGGAGUGCGAGUGGGGGAAACUCCGUCCAGUGCGUCGAACGUAAACAUGGCUCUGGGGAUGAAGGUCCAUGUGGAUGAGGGCUGUGACAUCUCGGACCCCUGUGACUCCAACAUUUGUCCAGAGAACAGCCACUGCAGCGACGACUGGAUCACCCACUCCUGUGUCUGUGACCCAGGUUAUUUUGGCAAAGAUUGUGUGGACGCCUGCAAACUGAACCCAUGUGAACACGUCUCCACUUGCGUCCGAAAGCCCAGCUCCUCACACGGAUACACCUGUGAAUGUGAAGAGAACUAUUACGGACAGUACUGCCAGCAUGUAGCAAAGAAACCCUGUGCAAACGGCUGGUGGGGGAACCCUGUGUGUGGCCCGUGUAACUGCGACACCAGCAAAGGGUUUUACAAAGACUGCAAUAAAACCACCGGAGAGUGCCGCUGCAAGGAAAACCACUUCCGUCCUGAUGGAGAGGACACGUGCCAUCCCUGCGACUGCUUCUUCCUGGGCUCGGAAUCUCGUACGUGUGAUCCGCAAACAGGACAGUGCCCCUGCAAAGGAGGAGUAGUGGGGCGUCAGUGUAACCAGUGUGACAAUCCAUUUGCCGAGGUCACCGCCACCGGCUGUGAAGUUGUGUACGCGGGAUGUCCAAAAGCAUUUGAUGCAGGAAUCUGGUGGCCAAAGACUGAGUUUGGUCGUCCUGCCGCCAUGAACUGUCCCAAAGGAUCCAUUGGUACUGCCAUCCGUCAUUGCAGUGAUGAACACGGCUGGUUGGCUCCAGAGCUUUUCAACUGCACCACAGUAACCUUCUCCCAUCUCAAAAAACUGAAUGAGGACUUGCGUCGCAACACUUCCAGGAUGAACAACGAGUACUCCAAGACCAUCGUGCGCUUGCUCCACAGCGCCACCGACAGCACUCAGGAAUACUACGGGAACGAUGUGAAGACCGCGGCUCAGCUCCUGAACCAUGUGCUUAUGUACGAGAGCCAGCAGAGCGGCUUUGACCUCACCGCUGCCCAGAACGCUGACUUCAAUGAGAACUUGGUGCGAGCGGGAAGUGCCAUUUUAGACCCGGUAACUAAAGAGCACUGGGACCAGAUUCAGAAGACAGGAGGGGGGACAGCACAUCUGCUCAGAAACUUUGAGGACUACGCCAACACCCUGGCCCGUAACGUCCGCAAAACCUACCUCAAACCUUUCACCAUUGUCACAGAAAACAUGAUCCUGACCGUGGAUUACUUGGACGUCACAGAUCCGGAAAGAGCCACAUUUCCUAACUUUCAGGAAAUCCAUGAGACUUUCCCAAAAGAGCUGGGAUCCUCCGUGCACUUCCCUCAGUUCAAACAGCGCACUCAAGCCAACAGAGUUGAGCCCACUGCAGCCCCUCCUGCGCAGACAGAAGCCACCCCAGAUGAAGACCCCACGCAGUCGGAUCGCAGACGCCGCCAUCUUGAACCCUCAGAACCUCUGCCCAUUGUUGUGGUGAUUGUUUACAAGUCACUGGGGCAACUAUUGCCAGAGCGAUAUGACCCCGACCGGAGGAGUCUCAGAUUGCCGAACCGUCCAGUGAUAAACACAGCAAUAGUGAGUGCCAGAGUCCACUCAGAGGAUGCGCCCCUGCCUUCUGUCCUGGACCCCCCCAUCACCAUGCAGUACACGCUCCUGGAGACAGAAGAGAGGACCAAACCUGUCUGCGUGUACUGGGACCACUCCAUCCCACUGGGAGAGACCGGCGGCUGGUCGUCUAAAGGCUGUGAGGUUCUGAACCGGAACAACACUCACAUCAGCUGUCAGUGUAAUCACAUGACCAGCUUUGCCGUGUUGAUGGAUAUCUCCAAGAGAGAGCACGGUGAUGUGAUGCCUCUGAAGAUCGUCACCUACUCCACAGUGUCAGUGUCUCUGUUCCUCCUCCUCCUCACCUUCAUCCUUCUGUGUGUCCUGCGUCGACUGCGCUCCAACCAUCACUCCAUCCACAAGAACCUUGUGGCUGCGCUCUUCUGUUCUGAGCUGGUUUUUCUGCUGGGUAUCAACCAGACGGAUAACCCUUUUGUGUGCACGGUCAUAGCCAUCCUGCUGCACUACUUCUACAUGUGCACGUUCGCCUGGAUGUUUGUGGAGGGGCUGCACAUCUACCGGAUGCUGACCGAGAUGAGGAACAUAAACCACGGACACAUGCGCUUCUACUACGCCAUCGGCUGGGGCAUCCCCGCCAUCAUCACAGGUCUUGCUGUUGGUCUGGACCCACAGGGAUAUGGAAACCCAGACUUCUGUUGGCUCUCAGUUCAUGAUACUCUUAUCUGGAGCUUUGCGGGACCCAUCUUUGUGGUCGUACUGGUGAACAUAGUGAUCUUCAUCCUGGCGGCCAAGGCCUCUUGUGGGCGAAGGCAAAAAGCUGCAGAGAAAUCCAGAGCGAUUCCUGCUCUCCGUACUGCCUUUAUCCUGUUGUUACUCAUCAGUGCCACUUGGAUGUUGGGUUUAAUGGCCGUGAACAGCGACGUAAUGCUCUUCCACUAUCUCUUUGCCGGUUUCAGCUGUCUGCAGGGAGUGUUCAUCUUUUUCCUCUUUGUGAUCUUCAAUGCUGAGAUCAGAACAAAUCUCAAGAACAUCUUAACAGGAAAGAAAAGUGUCUCUGAUGAGGCCAGCACAGCACGAGCCUCUUUACUCACGCGCUCAUUAAACUGUAACAACACAUACCACGAGGACGGCCUGUUUCGCUCUGGGUUUGGUGAAUCCACAGUUUCUCUGGACAGUACGCUCAGGUCAGCCAAGAGCCGCAGCAGCUAUCUGGCUUACAUGCUCAGGGAGGAAGCAGGUCAGAAGCCCAGUGUGUCGUCUGGAACCGCCAAAGGACACACAGACCUGGACGGGCCAUUCUAUCGCAACGGGACAAAAGGAGAUGACUCAGACUCUGACAGCGAGCUAUCGGGAGACGAGAACAGCUCUUCCUAUGCCUCUUCCCAUUCGUCUGAUAGUGAGGAUGACGAUAUUGAUGUCAAACCCAAGUGGAACAAUGAGAGGCCCAUCCACAGCACGCCUAAAGCUGAUUCGAAUCAUGUGAAGCCAUACUGGCCGGCAGAGAUGACAACAGCCAGUGACAGUGAGGAUCCAGGGGGGGCCGACAGGUUACGAGUGGAGACUAAGGUGAACGUAGAGCUGCAUUCAGACAACAAACUGAACCACACCGGAGACAGAGACACCCCACAACCCAAAGUCCCUGCUGUGAAAGACCCCACUGCUGCCUCUGUACCAGCCAACAGCAACCACCAACCGGAGCAGAGGAAAGGUAUACUAAAGAACAAGAUCAGCUACCCUCCUCCCCUGUCGGACAAAAACAUGAAAAACCGUCUGAGGGAAAAGCUCAGCGACUACAACUCUCCGACCAUCACUUCUCCACCUCCCAUCAACCACAACAGCAGCUCGCCUCCCCCCGCCUCAGUCAACAUCAUGACCCCCCCCUCCAGGACUCCCUCCAUCACUUCGGACUCGGGACGGCCCGGGAACCACGAACACAGCAUCAGCACCGGCAACAACGGCACCGGGAUCCAUGGCAACAGCAACAGCACUGGGAACCACGACAACAGCACUAAAAUCAAGCCCCCCAUUGCCCCCCGGCCACAGUACCCCGCGGGGCGUCCUCCAACGGCCAUUUACAGGGAGACCAACGGGGACCUGGCCAUGCACUUGAAGUCCGGGACGGUGAACGGAGGCAACGAGUCAGACUCAGAGAAAACACAAACGAGCCUGCCGCUGUGA